UGAUGCGCCGGUCACCGAUCACUCUCUGUCAAAAUGUCAAUCAUCACAUCAGCGCUCACGUGCAACAGCGAUACUGUACAUCUCCACACAGCCACGCACACCCGCUCUCGUAGUGUCCGAAAACAAAAUCAGCCUCAGCCUCAAGAGCUUGACUUGAUUCACCCACCUCAAAAAUGACCCACGACGCUGUUUGGUUCUCCCGCCCCAGGAAAUACGGAAAGGGUGCCCGUCAAUGCCGCCUCUGCGCCCAUCAGGCUGGUCUCAUCCGCAAGUACGGACUCGACCUCUGCCGUCAGUGCUUCCGCGAGAAGUCGGCUGCCAUCGGUUUCGUCAAGGUACGCUCAAGUAUCCUUGGCUCAAUCUGGAUGGGGGGACUCACACACGGGAAUAGAACCGGUAAACAGCAACUGGGAGUUUCGGUUCUCUUCUGUCGACUCUAG